CCUCUCAAGCACUCGCCCUCUGCAUUCUAUUUUUGGCAUCCCGUCUUCCGUACGUCUCAGAGCGGAUCGCUUCCUCCCUACGGAACUGAGACCACAGAGAGAGAGGAGAGGGGAGGAGGGAGAAGUAGGAGUAAUGGGAGGGGUGACGUCGUCGAUGGCGGCGAAGAUGGCGUUCUUCCCGCCGAGUCCGCCGACGUACGAGGUGGUGAGGGAGGGGGAAACGGGGGUGGUGAGGCUGAGCCGGCUCCCGCACCGGGAGAACGUGGAGGUGCUGCGGCUGCCGACGAGGCGGGGGACGGAGAUCGUCGCCGUGUACGUCGGCAACCCCAUGGCGGCAUCCACUGUGCUCUACUCCCACGGCAACGCCGCCGAUCUCGGCCAGAUGUGCGAGCUCUUCAUCGAGCUCAGCAUCCACCUCCGCGUCAACCUCUUGGGGUAUGAUUAUUCUGGAUACGGACAAUCAUCUGGAAAGCCAAGCGAACAAAACACUUAUGCUGAUAUAGAAGCUGCCCACAAGUGCCUUAUAGAGAAGUAUGGCGCAAAGGAGGAAGACAUCAUCCUUUAUGGCCAAUCUGUUGGAAGUGGACCAACCGUGGAUUUGGCAACUCGCUUGCCACGCUUGCGAGCUGUUGUUUUGCAUAGCCCUAUACUUUCUGGCUUAAGAGUGAUGUAUCCUGUAAAACGUACAUACUGGUUCGACAUUUAUAAGAAUAUUGACAAAAUCCCAUUGGUCAAUUGCCCUGUGCUGAUAAUUCAUGGAACAUCAGAUAAAGUUGUGGACUGCUCUCAUGGCAAGCAGCUUUGGGAAUUGUGUAAGGAGAAGUAUGAGCCAUUGUGGCUCAAAGGAGGACAACACUGUGAUUUAGAACUUUUUCCUGAGUUCAUCAGACACCUCAAGAAAUUCAUAUCUACAGUUGAGAAAUCACCUUCCCAAAGAAACACUUGGAGAAAAAGCAUAGAUCGGUUCGAACCUUCCAGGAGGAGCACUGACUGUUUUGAACCAUCCCGGAAGAGCACUGAUCGGAGAGAUAAACCAAGGCCUAGUACAGAAAAGUCGAGAAAUAAUGAUUACAAAUACAGCAAUAUGGACAGGUUGGACAAGCUAAAAAUUUCAUUCGACCAUAAGGAGAAGUCCAGGAGGAGUGUAGAUUGCUUUGAGAAGUCCAGAAAGAACACUGAUCAACCGGACAGAGGACGGAAGAGUGUUGAUAGAUUGGACAGAAUAUGGGCUGGUUAAAAUCUUUUAACCUCUUUGUAAAAUUUAUACAGGGGCUUAUUUGUGUUGGGAAAUUUAUUCGUGCAUUUAUUUAUGUUCUCUGAUCAUGUAGUUUGUUUGUGGAAGUUAAGAGACAACAAUUGGAAAUGGAAAGAGAGGGGAGGUGGAAAAAAAGGAUUAGUUGAUGACAAAUUAUAGUUCCUGGAAUAUAGCUAAUUGAAUCUUUCCUAACAAUCAUUAUCAAGUCUGGUUAGGUUUAUGGUUUUGUGCAUUUAUUCAUUUCCAGUGACAUUAUUUGUUUGUUUUCCUAACAGUUUAUAAAGACUGAAGAAAGCUUCUGUACUCAUA